AUGACUGCCCGACCAACAUAUACCUCCGCACCCCCCAGCGAGCAGAGCAUUUACUUCGACGCACCUCUCAUGCAUUUCUUCUCCAAGAAAUCUUCCGACGACGACACUUCCGAUGGCUCGGGUACCGCUUCACCUGCGCAGGACGUAGCUCAGCAGCCAAAUUCCGAUGGCGACAGUAGCCACCGCCAGUCUGUCUCCAUCCUCGACAACUCGGUCGUCAAUACCCGCUCCGCAGAUGGGGAGGAUGGCGCAUGCAAGAAUUCGGCGCAUCAAGCAAAUGCGGCUGACGCUGCAGGAGAGGCUGGUUCCGACUCUGGGUACGGCUCAGCGACUCAAGCGAACCAGAACCAAGUCCGUUCCGCUUCGCCCGCCUCGCAGACUAGCACCGGCAUGCAACCUAUCCCCAUUAUUUGGAACGGGAAGGAAAGCCAGGACGAGGAACAAGCGUCCUGGAAACGCAACCAGAACCAGCAGACUGGGGGCGACACACCGGUGAAACGCGCGGCUUCCAUGCGGUCUUACCGUUCCAACGACCGUAAUCGCGACAGCAUCGGAAACGGUGCGUUCAACGAGCGGCGGCAAAGAGCCAGCUUGAGUGGGGGAAGCUUCGCGAAUGGUGCGGGUACGAUAGGCCCGGCAUCCAUCCCCCCUACGGAUGAUGGCCUUGAAGAGCGAAAUGCCCAGGUGGACGCGGUACUGUCGCCAAAGGACAAGUCCAAGGUUGACAAAGCGCAGCGGAAAGACGCGAAGCGCAUGUCGAAGGUGAUCAAGUCUGAGGGGAAAGCUGAGCAACAGGCGCUUGAGGCAGUAAUCAAGGAGCUGGCCAACAUUCAGAAGAUGCAGAAGGACGCAAUAAAGGAGGAAAGCAAGGCCAGCGAUGCACACAGCCGCGCACUAAAGACCUUCCACAAAGAAGAAGCUGAGUUCUUCGCUCGGAGGGCAGGGUACGAGAGGGCCCAGGCGGACUUGCAGGCUUUGGAAGAUGCGCGCGAAGCCGCGAGUACGCGCUCGCACGAGGUAACGGAAAUGCUGCAGGAGAAGAAUAGGGAAGCUGAGCAUCUGAGAACACAGAAGCUUAUCGACGAUUGCGAGCGUGAGGCGAGGCUCAAGCAGCUAUCUGGGAAGGCGUAG